AUGAGCGAAUUGGGCACACAGAACGCACAGAAGGCAGGAGAAGGCACCGUGUCUCGCCUGCUUAACCUGGUGGAGAGUGAGCUGCAGGCAGGCCGGGAGAAGGGAGAUCCGACGGAGAAGCAACUUCAGAUCAUCCUGGAGGAUGCCCCCCUCUGGCAGAGGUUCAAGGAAGUCACUAACGAAAUGAUCGUGACCAAGAACGGCAGACGGAUGUUCCCUGUCCUGAAGAUCAGUGUCACAGGACUGGACCCCAACGCCAUGUACUCCCUCCUGCUGGACUUCGUCCCGACGGAUAGCCACCGCUGGAAGUACGUCAACGGUGAAUGGGUACCCGCAGGCAAGCCAGAGGUCUCUAGCCAUAGCUGCGUCUACAUUCACCCCGACUCCCCCAACUUCGGGGCUCACUGGAUGAAAGCACCCAUCUCCUUCAGCAAAGUGAAGCUGACCAACAAGCUCAAUGGAGGUGGGCAGAUAAUGCUGAAUUCCCUGCAUAAAUAUGAGCCCCAGGUUCACAUAGUGCGUGUUGGAGGCGCCCAUCGGAUGGUCAUGAACUGUUCCUUCCCUGAAACCCAGUUUAUCGCCGUGACCGCCUAUCAGAAUGAGGAGAUAACAGCUCUCAAAAUCAAGUACAACCCUUUUGCCAAGGCCUUCCUGGAUGCCAAGGAAAGAAACCACCUAAAGGACAUUCCAGAGGCCGUCUCUGAGAGCCAGCAUGUGACCUAUUCUCACUUGGGAGGCUGGAUCUUUUCCAAUCCGGAUGGCAUGUGUGCAUCGGGAAACACCAAUUACCAGUAUGCCUCGCCUUUGCCUCUGCCUGCUCCCCACACCCACCAUGGCUGUGAGCGCUACCCUGCCCUCCGGGGACAUCGGCAGGCUCCCUACCCUUCGGCGUACGUGCACAGAAACCAUUCUCCCUCAGUGAAUUUGAUAGAAAGCUCAAGCAACAAUCUGCAAGUUUUCUCGGGACCUGACAGCUGGGCUUCCUUAUCCUCCACACCUCACACCAGCAUCUUGUCUGUACCACACACCAACGGGCCAAUCAACCCAGGGCCCAGCCCCUAUCCGUGCCUGUGGACCAUCAGCAACGGAAGUGGGGGCUCCGUGGCAUCGGGCUCAGAGGUGCACGCUGGCACCCCAGGAACGUUUCUCCUUGGGAACCCUGCUGUCACCUCACCUCCCUCUGUGCUCCCUACCCAAGCCACCACCUCGGCAGGUGUGGAGGUCCUGGGGGAGCCUUCACUGACCAGCAUUGCUGUAUCCGCCUGGACAGCGGUGGCCUCGCAUCCCUUCCCAAGCUGGGGCGGACCAGCUGGAGGUGGACGCCAUUCCCCGUCUUCAUUGGAUAGUUAG